AUGCCCGACCCACGUGUUUUCAUCAUUCGUCAUGGCGAGACAGAAUGGUCGCUUAAUGGACGACAUACAGGCACAUCGGACAUCCCCCUCACAGAAAAUGGCGAGAAGCGAGUACGCGCGACCGGUAAAGCGCUCGUAGGCGACGACCGCCUCAUCGUCCCGAGCAAUCUGGCGCAUAUCUACGUGUCUCCCCGCACGCGCGCCCAACGCACCCUCGAACUACUCGACCUCGGCUGCCGCGACCGGUACCCGUGGCACGGCCACCCUGCCCAGUCUGGCAAGGAACCUACCAGCACGCUCGACGUGCGCACCAACGCCUCGAUUGAAAUCACCGAAAGCGUGCGCGAGUGGGACUACGGCGACUAUGAAGGCAUCAAAUCGUCUGAAGUGCGUUCGCUGCGUAAGCAGCGCGGGCUGAACGAGGACUGGGAUAUCUGGCGCGAUGGGUGUGAGGGCGGUGAGAGCCCCGAGGAUGUCACGAAGAGGUUGGACGAGCUGAUUCAUGAGCUGCGGGAGAAGUAUCAUAAGGGCAGGUUUGGGAAGGAUGGGAAGCCGAAUGACGUGCUUAUUGUUGCGCAUGGGCAUAUUCUGAGAGCAUUUGCGGCAAGGUGGAUCGGGAAGAAGUUGGAAGAUAAUCCGAGUUUGAUUUUGGAGGCUGGUGGUGUGGGGACCUUGAGUUAUGAGCAUCAUAGUAUUGAUGAGCCGGCGAUUCUGCUGGGUGGUGCGUUCGUCGUUGAUGCUAUCGAGAAGGAGGAAGAGGAGAAGGAGGAGGCAACGAAACAGUAUCCUUGA